GUUCGUAUCUACACUACGGCCGGUUGUUAUAUCCUCAGCUGUUAGUUUCUCCCGCGGGGAGAGAUGCCCGUCAUGUCCUCCGCAAUCGAUGAGAAUGCCCUCAACCAGCUGAAAGGGGAACAAUCGGAACUCUUGGACAAAAUCGAUGAGCUCCGGACCCUCGGUGUUGGAGGCCUCGUUGAGCUCCCUCAGAUCGUCGUUUGUGGAAACCAGUCAAGUGGAAAAAGCUCUGUCCUGGAAGCCAUCUCCAGAGUGAGAUUCCCAGCCAAGAGUAACAUCUGCACUCGUUUCGCGACCGAGAUUGUGCUUCGGCGACACCCCUCCAACAAAGUCAAGGUAUCCAUUGGGCCAGGACGUUCCAGAAAGGACCUGUCAGAGCGGGAAAAACUCCGUGCCUUUACUUCAGAGUCGUUUUCCUCCAGCGAAGACCUUCCCGCUUUGAUCGAAUCCGCAAAAGAGUGUAUGGGACUGUCCAGCACGGAUGUUAGCGACGAUGUUUUGAAAGUGGAGAUUUCAGGCCCUGACCGGCCAGAGUUGACUCUUGUCGAUCUUCCCGGUCUUUAUUACUCCACGAGCGAUGACCAGGGUGAAUCAGGAAUACAGACAGCGCAAAUUCUCACAGAAAACUACAUGAAGAGCUCCCGUACAAUCAUCUUGGCCGUGAUCAGCGCUCGCAAUGACUACCAUAUCCAGAAAGUGUUGAACCUCGCGCAAAAAUUCGACCCCAAGUAUGAAAGAGUCCUAGGAAUCGUGACCCAGCCUGAUAUCCCUGAAGCCGGGUCGGAUGACGAGGCAUAUUAUUUGAAACUCAUCAAGAACGAAAAGGUCAAAUUGCAACUCGGCUGGCAUGUCUUGCGCAACCGCUCUUUCGAGACGAUGAAUGUUUCUGAUGAUGCGCGCGACUUGCAAGAGAAACGAUUCUUUGAAACAGGUCACUGGGCCUCCCUGCCACGGCGACAAGUAGGUAUAGAAAGUCUCAGACAUCGUCUCAGUACCAUCUUGCUUGCGCACAUUCGUCGAAAUAUCCCUGGCCUUAUCCUGGAUAUAGAGGAGAAGAUCGUACGCAACGAGCAAGAACUUGCAAAACUGGGUACAUCGCGAACGAGCACCCAGGAACAACGGCGCUUCCUGGUUGAAAUCAGCAGCAAGUUCACGCGCAUUACCAAUCAAGCUGUGAACGGGUCUUAUAACGACGAGUUCUUGAAGGGGUACGAACGCGGUUUUGCAAGCAGCAAGGAAUUCCCGUUCCGUCGUCUCAGAGCAGUAGUUCGUGAGCUUAACGAGUGCUUCGCCCAUGCGAUGAACAUUCGUGGAUGUCAGCGGAUCAUUCAAUACCCCAUGAUGCGCACCCAUAAUAUCCUCGAAGAGUGGUCAAAGCCUUAUAUGGAUGGCUGGAGCCCGACAUACAUCACGCGGGAGUCACUGAAGGAGGAACUUAAAGAACAAGCACGCGAAAGUCGAGGCGUAGAGCUACCAGGGAGUCCAAAUCAGCUUCUCGUCGGCAGACUAUUCAAUGACCAGUGCGAACCAUGGAAAAAGAUUGCCGAAUCCCAUCUCUUGAAUGUUUGGAGCUCAGUGGAGUACUUUGUUCAGCUUGUUCUCCAGUACUUGGUCGAUGACUAUGCUCGUGCUUCCCUUAUGCGGCACCUUAUUUCACCAGAACUUGAAAAGAUGAAGAAGGAUUUGAUGGCGAAGCUCGAGGAACUCAUCUCCCAUUACAACCGCGGUCACCCACUUCCCGUGGGAGACUCAUUCCUCACGAAAAUGCUAGAGUCCAGGAAGAAACGUCAACUCGCCAUAUUAACGGAAAGUCUCGACGUGGCUAAAUAUGGUACUCUGAACGAUGUGGACCUGGAGACAGCAGCCAACAGUUUAUACUCAUCCCAUGAUGAGUUCGGUGCAGAGGAGAUUAUUGAUCAAAUGCAGGCAUACUACGACACCACAAUCAUAAUCUUUGUCCAAAACGUUGCCAUCCUCGCAAUUGAAAAUUGUCUCCUAUUCCCUUUGGAGGACAUAUUUUCCCCUCAGACCGUUGUGAGCAUGGAUGAUCAACAAGUUCAGAAAGUUGCAGCUGAACCGUCUGAAACCCAGAGGGAGAGGGCGCGCCUCAACGAGGAACUUGAGAAGCUACGAUUGGGCAGAGAGACUCUGGAAGCUUACAGACCGAACGAGAUAUCACUCCCGAAGCCCCCUGCCCUGGGAUUACCGAACUCGCAGCCUCAAGGUCCGCGUGUAAGGGUAAGGCUGCCCCACAGAGAUGCAGCACAGGCAGCGGCACUACCACCGCAAAUACCAAAGCAGCCCGCGUCUACUAACUUGUUUGGAUCGACGGCUCAGAAGGCCAAUGUCGCGCAGCCCUCUUUCGAUGCUCCUUCUAACAACGACGCGCAAAAUGCUUCACCUGCAUCCGCCGGACUAGCUGUCCCAGCACCCAAGUCAACUUCCUCUCCAUUUUCACUCUCUCCGAAAUCUUCGACCUCGUCUGUACAGCCGAAAGCAGAAGCUGUGAAAGGUUCCCCCUUCGGAUUUGGCAGCUCGAGCCUGUUUGGCGGCAAACAGGGCGUCGAUAACAAAAGUACAACGGCAAAAACAUUGUUUAACUCCAGCGCGGAGCCGAAUUCAUUUGGUUCCACCCGUGGAUUCGGUACCAGCAUCUUCGAUGAGGGGCGGAAAUUAUUCAACGAUGUUGACUCCCAAGAUAGCCGUCCAAAGCCCCCCAACUCGAAGAAAUUUAAGAAUGGGUUCAUCGAGAAGGAUCACAGUUCAUCUUCAGAUGUAAUGAAUCAUUAUCAAAAUAUUUGUACCGUGCCUCCUUUUUGCGAUUUUUCUCCUGAGGAGCUCCGUCUUCAGGAUUAUUCAACAAAUUUACGGACCCUCGUGGGUUUUACUUGGGGCGCAAGUUGAUAUUUCCAACACUGGAAUCGAAGAACCUCUAUAGUUGAAUAUAUGAGAUACUUGCCAUCCAAGGUUGCGCUACCUUCCUUCGG